UCUGAAUUGCGAAUCUUUUCCUUGUCUUCAAAAUCCCUCCGGUUGUCCCAAAUCACUUUCAGUAUGCCCCUUGUCAUCCACCACCUUCACGUCUCCCAGUCUGAGCGGAUCCCCUGGCUGUGUGAGGAGUUGAGCAUCCCAUAUGAGCUCAAGACAUACAGCAGAGCUCCGCUCUUGGCGCCGCCAGAAUACAAGGCAUUACACUUUAUGGGAGCUGCGCCUGUUAUCCAAGAUGGCGAAUUGACUUUGGCGGAAAGCUGCGCCUGCAUCGAAUACAUCUGCCACAAGUACGGCAACGGAAAGCUGUUUCUGAGUCCCGCCGACCCAGCUUAUGCAGACUUUUUGUACUGGUGGCACUGGGCUGAUGGAACAUUUCAACCUGGACUGGGUCGCACAAUGAUUACUCGAGCAGCCGGACUGGACGUCAACCACCCGCUGAUGGUCCUCUCCCGGGACAAAUUCAAUCGGACCUUGGAUGCUCUCGAAAAGAGACUGGGCGAUAAUGAAUGGCUUGCGGGUCACGAGUUUACCGUGGCAGAUGUGAUGGCGGUGUUCACCCUCACAACGAUGAGAUACUUUACUCCGUACAGCUUGGGGGAGUAUCCAAAUGUGCUGAGCUACCUUCAACGCGUGGGAAGUCGAGAAGCAUAUCAAAAGGCCAUGAAGAAAUGCGAUCCGGAGAUGGAGUUGGCUCUAGGGGCUGAGCCUCCCAAGAGUAAUUUCGUGGUCUAA